AAAAAAAAAAACCACGAUAAACAAACUUUAAGGCUCCCGUCGCCAGCAGCGUUGACUAACUAUGGUCAAAUGUUACCAUACGCUUCUGUAGCGGAUGAAGCAUUUUCACCGUGCGAAAAUAUUGCGCGACCCUGUCCAAAGAAAAGUAUUACGGACAAUUUUCAAAAUAAAGUUUUCGAUCGUUGACUUUCAAGAGCACGGCAUAUCAGCACCGAGAUCCCGGGUGUUUGGAAGACCAUCUGAAAGUGUCGAUUAAUCAAUUACUGCCGUUAGUGAACAGCAAUGGCAGAAGUGGAUCAAAUGCAUUUCGCGUAGGGCGAAAGUUUCAUUUCAGACUAUUUUAAUGCAGUGGGAAGCACACCGACAGUGUUUCUAGGGGUAAAUACUAAAGAAUUUGAUGUGCGGACAAAUUAUAUUAUAAUAUAUGUAAAACUCUACGAAAACCAUUGUAUUUAUUCGCUGUACUUAAUUUAUAUAUUUUUUUUUUUCCCGAUUAUUCAGUUAUUCGGUCGUUUAAUUAUCACGUUUUAAUUAAACUCGCGAAUAAAUAAAUGGAAAACAAACGAAUUUACCAGCCAACAAUAGGAAUUCAGUACACAGACACAUCGUUGAUAUUAUCGUAUUGUUAUAACUCGCGUGCGCCCAGCCUUAUCGUGUUUGUCGACAUUAGAUAAAAUCAAAUCGAACUACGCAAUCUUGCCCGAUCGCACCAACACACAGUUACGCGCGCGGUCACGAUUCUAUUAUAACACAAAUUAUUUAUACGCGCGCGUGUAUUACAUGGGUAAAUUCGGUUCGUUUCGGUAAUACUGUUGUGAUCAUAAACAUUCUAUAGGAACGUAAUCUAAAUCGGUUUUAAAUACAAUACUGUAGGGCAGGUACUUCCCGGUUUUUAAUUUAAUUUCACUAUAGCCGUGUUUUCCCGUGUCCUCGUGUUUUAAUUCUCGUCUUCGUAGUAACAGUCGACGCGACUGUAGAAAAAAAAAGUCCAUUUAUUUUUUUUUUUUUUUUUUUUAUUCCGUAGCGUCGCAAUAAGACACCGUAAUAAUGUCGGACCGGUCCGAUUGUAGCCUAUUCCGUUUUAUUCGAGUUUAUUUCGGCUGGGGUGUAGCGGAUUUUUUUCCCACGUACACCACGAAUCCGACGCGGCCGAGGCGAGUGCCGUUUUAUCAAUGAGAAACGCUGGUAUAACGUUCGGUACGGACCGGAGAGCGGCUGUCAAAAAGAUAAACAUUUUCCCGCAUAAAUUUAUCGAACGUCCUGGAGAUUGGUUUAAUUGUUUGACAAUGGACGGGCGCGCUUAUUUUGAAUGAUGUAAUUCGCAUAUUUCACAUUUACGUUGAAAUCAAUAACUGUGCGGCACGACGACAAGGCGCGCGGUAAACAAACACGUUAGGUUAUUCGCGUCGCGGGGCCCGCGCGCAUUACGAUUUCAAACGACAAACGGCAAACCCUCGACAGAAACGGAAACACCGGCGAGUCUCACCGUCGGUUCUCGUCCGCACACGUCCGUGUCGACCGACGGUUCUCACCGUGACGACGAAACCCGUCGUGUUUCAUCGCGGCGUACGGGAAGCUCAAGACGGAGACACGGUUUCGCAUCCGGCCGUGGCGCGCCACCAUUUGAGCAAACGCCACGGGCGUACCCGGGCCGUUAAUCGCGUCACGUCCGCGGCGACAACCGCUCAAGCGGCCCUCGCACGACCGAACACUGUCGACAGCAGCGCGGACGCUGACAGCGUUUGGGCAUGUCGACACAGACAGUCGGUGUUUAAACACCGUCCCACACUCGGUAUUGAUUUGCGUCUGAUUGCGUCGGUGUCUCCGUUUAAUAAAUAUCCGUGUUUUGUUCAAACAAAAUAAUUAUAGUUUGAUGUGGAUGAACAGCAAACGAGAGUGUGUAGCAAUUGCGUCGGCCUUGUCCGUCCCAAACGGUACGCGAGUCUCGAGAAAACGGAAACGACGUGUACGAUAAAACGAUGGAUUUCCGAACGGAGGCGGCGCGCGCGUCUAAAUGUUAUAAAAUAAGUGCAACUUUCGGACCCAAAGGACUUUAAUAAUUAUUUCCGAACGAACAUUGGUCAUUAUAAUCAACUUUCGAGUAUGGCAGCACCGUUAAUCACGAAAAUGUGGACCAACACGAGAGAGAGCGUUUCACCGAAUCAACGACCGCGGCACAUCGCGUAGAUCCGGCCAACUGUUUGUACCGAGCACUAAAUUCGCGCAGUAUUUGCCCGUCUCGGGAUUCACUAGUGCACGUGUUUUGACUUUCGUCACCCACGGCUGCGAAAAACAUACCGCCGGCGCACCGUCGCCAGUAUAAUUAUCGGUGAAUAAAUACCGAACGCUCGAUGUCCAAUUUUUAUUUUCUAUCAGUCAUCGGUAUCGUUUUUUUCAUACCGACAAUACGUCGGUGCACAUACAUUGCGCGAUCAGUAAUACUGUCCGUAUCAAAAUUACCGUCAGUAACAUUGACCGUGCGAUGGCCGCCACGGUCACGAUAUCGCACCGCGGCCGUACCGGGCGACCGAGCCGAAUGCAAUGCGUCGCGACAAUCGCGUUCGCCGGUCCGCGCGGUCGAUUGUUGUCGCGCACGGGCCGCCGAAAGCUCCCUGCCCUGCCAUCCCACCCCCCCCCCCCCGCCGACCGUCGACGGCGCUCCGACCGCCAUUAAAAACCGCUCUCGUCAAACGGAAUGUAAUUGCAACCGCAGUGUGAACGUUGUCAGAAAAAUGUCAACAACGCCGUUGGAUACGCGCAAUCGCGCACGGACCUUGAUACCAUCGUGCACUACGCACGUCGGACUCGAGUUCAAUCGGGCGGCGGCGUCGCGUCGCCGAACGUGACGAUCACCACGUCGUCGAUUGCAUUGUCCGGCGCGCGUUAUCGCGGGAUUACGAAUAGCGAGACCCGCCGUACGCGUAAUAAUACGAAAACAAUUCGGCUCGGCGAGCGUCCGGCAUUCGUUAGCCAAGAGCGUUUUCUGUUUUCCCGUCGAUACCCGUCGCCCUUAUUUCGUGUCGGCCGAACCCGGCUGCCCGCUUUUGAUUGUCGAACGGAGGGGGUGGGGGGGGGCAGGGGGGCGACUUCCGUCGAGAAUUCCGCGAACAGACGCGAGCAUUGUUCCGAAGAAAAAAAAAAAAACAACAAACGUCAGCGUAAAAACGUGUUUGUUUCGGCUGCCGUCAUCGGCGUUUGUUUUCCCAGACGACCGCAGACCGAUCGGCCCACGCUACGUCGCAAACCGACGCGCGCCGACACCGCAGCACGGCACUGCGAGUUUAACGGCAAAGACGACGCGGAAGACGUUUCCCGGCGGCGGCGGCGGCAUCAGUACGCGCGGGCCCCCCGUGAUUUGUCGCAUGUGACACGCGGGUACCGUCCGAGGAGCGUGGCGGUGUUCGGGCGAAGACGAUAAGCGUUUGUCAACACACACGAACCGCGCGCAACACACACACAACGACGCGCAUGUUUAGAUAAAAACAUUAAACAAACAACGAGUCUCGUUCGAUUCGGUUUUACUGCUGACGACGGCGUUCAUUUGCACUCGACACGCCGAAUCGCAGUGCACGUCGCGGUCGUUCGCUACUACGCUACAAGCAUACGUCGGGGGUUUUUUCUCCUCAGUCUUUCCGUACCCGCGAACAUUCGCCGGUGUCGUCGUCGGCAAACGUAAUUGGAUCGGCGCCGUCGCCUAGCAGUAGCGGCCGCAGCAGCAGCAGCAACAACAGCCGCCCGCGGUAAGUGACUCGUCGCGUAAUAAACGGCGUCCGAAACGGGACCGCGCGACGUUCGUCCGGUGCGAAAUCCGCGCCGAGACGCCAAACCGGCGCGGCUCCGAUUAGCUAUCGGAAAACCCUCGGACCAAUCGCGCGUCGGCCGUGUGUUUCGUCUCGCGUGUCGAUCGAAACACGCCCGGCGCGUAAAUUGGUUCGACGGCUGAAAUCGCCAAUUCACAAUUGCCGCGUUCGGCGGCGGCGGCGGCGUACUUUCGUUUCACGCUCGCGGUGCCCCGUCCGCGGUACCAUUACCGCGAACGCGUUCAAAAGACCGGCACGUUCGCGUCGCGGCGCGCCUGCCGCUCGCGUUGUGUAAUUUAAUUCUGGGUUUUCCCGGUAGGAACUCCCGUCGGAUUCGAUUAUCCGUCGAUAACCGGCGUGCCCGCCUGAUCUGCCGACUUGUUGAAUGGUUUACCCCGGCCGACCAUUUAAUCCGGUAUUGGCGGCGACGACGUCUUGCGCGAAAAGAGAGAGAGAGAGUGAGUGAGAAAUAUGAAAAACCCGUCCGUCGGAAUCGUUCGCACCGGUCUCCGCCGCAAUUGAUUGUUUUCCUUUUCAAUCGCCACUACCGCCCGUACGCGUUUCGUGCGCGCGACCGAAAUACGCCGUUGGGCGGGCACGGUGUUGCGGAACGUUCGCGUCGUCAUUAUUGUCGUAGCGACCGUUUUAAUCGUUCCCCGUUGUCAUUCGUUACCGCGUGUUUACGACGUUAAAUAAUUUAAUUACCCGACGAAUUGUUUUACGAUUUAUCCGUUUUUUGUUCAAACGCGCAUUUUAUCUGUUCCAGGAAACGCGUCCGGACAAAAUGCCCAAGAACAACAGCUCAAAGUAAGUAAUAAACUGCUCUCUUGUCGUCCCGUAACGAACACUCCUCGUUUUCAUUGUCAACGCCAUCGAUUCGCCGCGACGAUUAUUGGCCAGCGCGCACUAUCUGUACGUUGUUUGUUACGGUUUUCUCCGUUCUUCUUAUUGCCGUUUUUGAACAGUUUCCGGUAGCGUUAAGGCUUUUAACAGACAUAACCUAUGAACUAAGUGUAACGGUGCAGGUACAACAAAUAAACCCGACAGAUCCGAUCGGUCUACCGGAAUAAAACGUAACGUAUUAACCACGAAUACUCUUGUAAGUUGCGUAUUUUUUUUUAUAUUAAUAGUAAUCGCGUUUAAUUUCAAUUUUCCAAUUUUUUUUUUCCGCUGUCGCGCUAUUGAUUCGUUCAUACGGGUAGGCGGAGUCCGCCGCUUGUUUGUAUUUAAAUUUCAACUGUGCUUUUUUUUUUCUUGUUUUUGUCGUGGCCAGAUAAUGUCUUUUGGGGGGGGGGGGCGAUUUUAGUUUGGUACACCGGCGAUUUUUCUUUCCCGGUGUGUAAUUUUAUUUUUGCAUUACCAUGAGAAAUGUACGACAAAGGCGGGAGAACUUCGAAAAUUCGGUUUUUACAAAAUGUGUAUUCCGGUCGGGCAUGACAAAAACAUCCGUCAUGCUCGCUUUUAAAAUUUGUGCGCGUACACUAUUAUGUUAAUUUUUUCGACGUCGGUUCUUGAAAAAAACUUGGAAACCAAUGGCAAUCUUUAUUAAAGAAACUUCACCGUUAAUAAUAACGAUUGAUUGGUGGUGAUUCGAAGACCGUCUCGUGUUGGUAAAAUUCGGGUUAUGCGUGCGGCCAUUCGCUAUUAUGCUAAACUAAAAAUUGUUGCCUAUUUUAUGUAUAAUUAAAUUUAACUGUAUAUCAAGUUAUGUUAUGGUUAUAAUAUUUUUUUUUUUUUAGAAAAAAUGGAAGAACAAAAUAUAACUUGUCUAUUGAGGAUUUUGACAAAUUGCAUACUAGUUCUAAAAGGUUUUUAUACCCUUUUUUUUUUUUCUAUGCAUUACAUGGGCUUUUAUGCACAGGAAUAAUUUUUGAACGUUUGCAACCAUUUUCAUAUGCUAUGCGUUCCCAAGUGGGGAAGAAAGAAUUUUUUUCAACAAUUUUUUUUUUCUUUUAAAUAACGAAAUGUAUUUUACCUUAAAAUUGUAUAGAUCCUGUUUAUAUAGAAUAAUAACUGUCCCACGUCUAUAUUUUUUAUAUAUGUAUAUAUUAUAGGUUAUUUACUUUCCUUAUUAUGAUGCCAUUAAAAUUAUAAAAACUGAGUAAACACAAUAAGAAUUUAAAUAACCAUUAGUUAUUUCCACUUGUCAGACGAGUAAAUUUUACUAUUUUAUUAUUUCAUUAAUAUUUGAUUCGUGGAUAAUGGAAAAAGCCAGGAAGUUAUUAAUUUAUCAAUGAUGGGUGAAAACAGUUUUAAUUUCUAUUUCAUCUUUAAUAUCUGGUAUUUUAAUGGAGGUGUCUGGGUGUCAUAUUAAUUAAAAUGUAAAUGUAUAAAUUCAGAUAUCAUAUCUUUAGCAUUUACACAAUACUAUUUACUAAAGUAAUUGAAUUGACAUUUAAUUGUGUUUAAGGAAUUAAAAAAAAAUAAUUUUGUUUUUUAUGCAAUGAAUACAUAAUUAUAAUUAGGUACCAAUUGUAUUUUGUUAUUGAAAUAAGCUUAUAUUUUCUUUUGAGCUAUUAAGAUUCUCUGCUUCUGGAGAUAAUGUUUUUUUUAUUGAAUUUUUAAUUUGUAAUGAAUUACAAAAUAUUUGUAGUGAUGAAUUAAAGAAUACAAAUAACAGAAAUGAUAAGGAGGACCUGAAAAAAAAUCAAUAUAAAGAUGAGACCGAAUGCAAUAAACCAUUAAAAGAAGGGUAUGUUCUUUGUAAAUGGAGGGAUAUAUUUGAACAUAUUUUCUGUGAUUUGUUGCAUGAUAACGGUUGUAUGCUUUUUCAUAUUUUUGCUGUAAACAUUGAUUAUUGGUCUCACAUUUAAUGUUUAAUUUGCUUUUUCAAAAGCGCAAAAUAAUAUUUAUUGUUUUUAUAAAAUUGUUAAAUCAAUGUCUAGAAGAAAACGCAACAAUUCUAACAAUGAACCUGAUGCUGAACACAGUGAUAGCAUCUUUAUUUCUAAUGAAAAGAAAAUUGCAAUGGAUCACCAAAAUAAACAUUCCACACACAAAAUUUGUGGUGAAGCAGAAAGCUACUUUAAAAAUAAUAAGUAAUCAAAUAAUUGUAUACAAUUAAAUAUUAAUUAAUACCCAAAAAUACAUUUUUCUUAUUUAACAUUUUAUAAUUAGAAUUGAUAUUAGAUAUUUUUAUACUGUUGUUUAUUUUUAUUGAUUAGUCAAAACAAUUACUAGUUUAUACCGAAAUGUGUUUCAUGACAACGAUUCUAUAUACAAAAUAUUUUUUUGUUUUUUUGCAAAUUUUGAUGUUUUGGGAUUUUGUAAAUUUUUAGAGCAUAUACAUAAAGAUAUACAUUUUUAAGAUAUAUUUAACGUAAUUCUUUUUCUCUUUUAAAAUUCAUCCUUCAUAACCGCUCUUUUCUUCCUUCAUUCCGCAGUUUUAUACUUAUUCUCUCAACUCCAACGUUUCGUCUUAUGUGCGCUGCCAAUCCUUCAUUUAAUCUUAUUAUUAUUUUUUUUUUUUUCAUACUUUAACUAUAAUUUGGGCUAUUGAUAGAAAUUGGUUUAUUGAUUAAAAAAAUAUAUUGCUAUUCAUUAUAAUUAAUUUAGGAAUUAUGAAACAAAUCACAGAAAGAAUAAAAAUAAAAGAGAUGAAAAUAAUGAUAACCGACCAGAACUCCCUGACAAGUAUGUAAAUAUAUUAAAAUCAAAUUGAACAAGUUAGUCAUAUUGUAUUCAUAUUAGAAUGGAUGAAAAAAUUGAAAAUGAAAGUAAUAUGAUCAGCAGAUCAAAGAAGAAGAAAAAUAAAAGUUCUAUUCGACAUCAUAAGGAUAGUUUAAACUGUAGUAAUGAAACUGAAAAUAAUAAUGACACACCAAACAUUUCAUCAUCUACUGAUAAGUAAGCUAAAGUUUUUACUAUUAACUAAAGAAUUUUUAUUGUUAAUUUUACAGUCAGUAGUUGAUAAAACUAUAUUUUUAAUCUUGUACAAUUUAAUGAAAAAUAUUCUUAACAUUCUUGUAUAUAAAUUUAAUAUUAUUUUGUUUAAGUCAAUUAAUACAAAAAUCUGAAUUUAAAUCAAAUGUUAUAGGUGUACUUAUUUUUAUAUUUAUUAAUUAUUAGAUACUUAUAUUAUUAGAAGCAAUUAUUAGUUUUUAUAAUAAAUGGUAGAAUUGUCUUAUCAGCUAUAUUUUAUUCAGAGUUUUAGUGAUUUUUUUAAUAAUAUAUAAUAUAAAAUGUAUAGCUUUUAUUGAAUUUUGUUCAAAUUUAUUUGAUACCAGUUAGAAUUAUCUUGCUAGUAGGUAUUUGAAAGCUAUACAUUUGAUAAUUAUUUUUAUAAAAAAUGUACAAUGAUGCAAAUAAAAAACUAUUGAUUAUACAGACUAAUGUUCCUUGCAUAUUUACCUUUAAAUUAUUGAUAAACAUAUAGCAAUAGAUAUAUAGCAAUUUUAUGUGAAAAACAUUAAAAGUAUUUUUUCAAUUAGACGUAGUAGAUCCAGACAUGGCCAUGACAGACCACAUCAUAAAGAAAGGUCUUGCAGCAGGAGUCGUAAUAGAGAUUCCUCAAAUAACUACUGUAUUUCAAAUAAAACUGAAAAAAGAAACAAAUCAACAAAUGUUAGUAAAAAUACAUACCACGGAGAUUCAAAAUUGUACGUUAGCAAUUAUUAACGUUAAAAUUAAAUUACCAUUGCUUAAGUUUUUAUUUAAAACAUGGAAUCAAUGAUAUUGAUUAUUUGAAUAUUAGGUUUUGGGAUAUUUAAUUUUAAAGUACAAAAUAUAUUUGUAGUAUUGAAUUAUAGAAUAGGAAUAACAGAAAUGAUAAGGUGGAUAUGAAAAUCAAUUGAUAACAAUGAAUGCAAAUAAUCAUUAAAAGGAGGAGAUGUUGUUCUUCAUAAUUUUAUUAUUCAAAUAUAUUUCAAUACUUUUUUGUUGAUAUUUUAGUAUUUGUUAAUGUAUUUUAAUAGUUUUAUUCUAUAUUGUCAAUGUAUAACUUUUAUUAAAUUGUUAAAUUAACAGCUAAUUAAUUAAUAUGUUAAAGUGAUGCCAAUAAUGAAUCUGGUUCUAAACACAAUUAUUUCAAUUCUGACAAAAAGAAGACAUCAUUAGAUCAACAAAAAAAUAAAAAGCGUGUUGAAGAAAUGGAAUCUAACCCAUCUGGCACCACUCAAGAGUAAUUUAUAAUUCUAUAUCUUUAUUAUUAUUAUUAUUCCAAAAACCAUUAAUUUAUUAGUCUAGGAAAAAUGUAAAUUUAAAAAAAAAAUUUUUAAUUUUCUGUAGAUUCAGUGUAAGUAGUCUUAUUUUGAGAUUUAAUUUACUGAUAGAAUGACAAAAAUAUUUGAAAUUCAAUAAGUCAAUUUUUUAUUAAGUACUAGUUAAAUUUGUUGAAAAUUAUAUUAUGCAUUCAUUUAUAAAUAUUUUCGGACUAAAACUUUUAUAUGGCUUUUAUGAUUAUUGUACAUAUCCCAUACAGUUUAUAUCAAUUACUGUUUUUCUUUGUACAUCUUAUUUACUAUAUUUCUUUACGAGUAUUAAACAUUUUAUUAAUAAUUUAAUAUUUUUUAAAUAUUUUAUUAUUUAUACUAUUAUUCUUACACAUAACAUUAUUUAAUUAAUUGAAAUCCAUAACAUUAAACCUUAACCAGUUUGUAAUGGAAAUCUAUAUUAUUAUCUUUUUGAACCAUUAUUUUUAUUUUCCGAUAACAAUUUAUUUUGAUCAUAACUUAUUUUAGUAUUUAUGGUGAUGUUCAGAAAGAAAAUAAUAAGAAGAAAAAAUCAAAAGAAGAGAAAAAUACAAUAUCUGAUCAUGACAGUUUAAACGAUGACAAUAAAACUAAAAAUGAUUAUAAAAAACCAAACUCUGCAUUACCUACUACUGUAAAAAAGUAAGCAAUAUUAGUUAUGAUUAUCUUCUUCUUUGCCUUCAUUUCCACUAUUCGGAGUUGAACAUCUUCAUUCUAAACUUCCUCUUGACUCAAUCUCCCGCUUCACAUACACCAACUGUCCUUUCUCAUAACAUUCUUAAUUGCAUCCAACCAUUUAAAUUGGUUUUCCUCUUCUCUCUUUCCUCCUACAUUUAUUUUUAUUACAAUACCUAACUGAUUCAGAUUUCUCUCUUAUGCAUAUCCAAACCAUCUAUCUAUUUUCUCUUAUACUGUUUUCUAUCGAAGCUAUUCCAAAUCUACCUUUUAUGUAUUCAUCUCUUGGGUUAGAUUUUUAUCUCUGCUACAUACAUUCAUUCUGUUAAUAUAAACUAUAAUUUUCUUCCUUGAUUAUUUUAGUAAUUCUAAUAGUAUACCAACAUGAUUUAUGUAAUUUAAUUUUUUACCAAUAUAUUAUUCUAAUAACUUUGUUUCUAAUUAUAAUUAAUUUUUAGGAGUUACGGAAGAGAUCAGACCUGGAGUAAAAAUAACGUAAAUGAAUUUUCUGACAAGUAUGUAAAAAUUAAAAAUGUUCAAAUAUAUUUAUUGUUUCAAUAUUUUUUGAAUUUACAUAGUAUUAUUUCAUUUAGAUACUGCGAUAAAUCCAAACGAGACAAUAAAAAUACCAAUAGUAAAUUAAAGUAUCAUCAAUUGAACAUUAAUGAUCGAGAUUUGAAAAAUAAUAAGUAUACUGGAGAUGCAGAAUGGUAUGUUACCAAUUAUGUAAAAAGACAGACAUACUUUGCACAAUGGGUAGGCUACUGUUGUAUGAGAGAAAUUGGGAAAGUAGGAUAUAGAGGAAAAUUUAAUUUAUAUCAGUACGCAACGAUAAACCAUUGCUAACAAAAUACGAUUUGGAAAGAAGUUUUUUUUUUUAUAAAUAUAUGUAUGCUAAUACAUUCCAUGCUACGCUUUGAAUCUAAAAAUAUUUUCUAUAUACCAAUUACUUAAUUUUUUAAUCCUUAUAAAUAGAGGAAAAAAACAUGUUUUCAAAAUUUAUCAUAACUAUAACUAGGGCAGAAACAGUAAAAUAGAAAACUGUUUUUAAAAACCGAAAUUAAUUUGAAUAGUAAUCUAAACCGUACCUUUUUUUUUUUUUUUAUAUAGUGGUUAACUGAUUUUUUUUGAAAGAAAAUUAUAUAUUCAUGUUUAUUUGUCUCUUGUUAUGAUUAAAAGUAAAUAGCAAUAAACAUAUAGAUUUUACAAAAUAAUAUGUAAAAAAUAAUAAGGUAUUUUUUUUUCCAAUUUUAAAUAUUUCAACAUGUUUUUUAAUUGUAAUUGUUAAUAUUUAAUAUCAAAAAAAAUUUAAUUUGUUUCAUAUUUUAAAUGUUAAUUUAUGGAAAAUUGUUUUAUUAAGUUAUGAUAAUACUGUGUUUUUAAAAAUGCAAUUGAAAUUUUUCAGUACUUUCAAUGAAAUUGAUGAAGACCUUUUCAAUUUACCUGAUGAGUUUUCUCUUGCCCAUUGUGUUGCUGAGGAUUUAAAAAUGGGGGCAGGCAUAGCUGUUGAGUUUAAGUAAGAAAAUCGUAAAUUUGUUAAAUUUCUAACUAAAUAAUAUAUUUAACUUUCUAGACGCAUUUAUGGUGGUGUUGGUAAACUAUUUGAUCAGAAUUUAAAAGUAGGAGAUGUUGGUAUAAUCAAUCGGCAUAACCGAACUGUGUUUUACUUAAUAACAAAAAAAAAAAGUAGUGGUAAACCAACAAUGAUGUCAUUGAGAAGAGCUCUUCUUACACUUCUCGACAAAAUGAAAGAACUUAAUUUAACUAAGUUGGGAAUACCACAAAUUGGUUGUGGAUUAGACAAUCUCGAUUGGUCCAACGUUUCAUUACUUAUUAAGGAAAUAUUUUCUGGGUCUAACAUACAAAUAACUGUAUGUGUACCUUCUUCAAAAGUAAGUAUUAUACAUUUAGUAUUACCAAAUAUUUUUUUCCUAUUCUAUUACAAUAUUAAUUUUUCAGAUAGAAAGUAAAAAAUCGUGGCCAUUAAAAGUAUAUGUAACACCAAUCAAUUUGUGGGACAUGAUAGCUGAAACUGUUUUUAUUAUAUUUAUUGACUUAGGGGAUAUACAUCAAAAUAAUUGGACAAACAAUGUUGUGGAAGAAAUUAACAAAAAAUAUCCAUUUAAAGAAAAGUAAAUUUUUAAAUUAAAUUUUGCCUUUAUUUUUAUAUGUUGCUUUUAUUAAUUAUGUAUAAAGUGUCAAAUAAACUUACCGUAUAAAAUAGAAAAUUUAAUAUGGACUUGUAAAAAUAUACAAAUUAUUGAAAUCUACAACAUCAUAGAUUAUAUUCUGAUCUGUGGUAACAUGCUAAACUCCCAGAUAAAUAGUUUGAUAUUAAUUACACACUGUCAGAUAAUAAACUUUUAUUUUUAUUUUUUUUUUUUUUAGAAAAACAAUUUGGUGGGGAUUGAGAUUUUUAGUUUAAAACCAUAGAAAUAUCUUUGGUGGAAAAUAUGAUUUUAUUGUGUAACAACUAAUAUUUUUAAUAUUAAAUUUUAUUUGUUUGUAGUUUACUGAAAGAUAUCAAAAAUAGAAAAUUAAAUCCUGGUAACAUAACUGAGUACCAUGUCAAUAAUGAAGUUAUAUUUUGUGUUUUUACCAAUCAAAAUGAAUAUUUUACUUCUAUAGAAGAAGCAUUUUUAAAAAUAAACAAUAAAAAGAAGUUAAAAUAUAUAUAUUCAGCUAUUCAAAGUGGUCCAAUGGAAGAUUAUGUAGAACGGAUUGUGUUGAUUUAUCGCUCAACAGUAAAAAAUUCUGAAUUAUGGUUAUGUGGUCAUCCAGGACAAGGAAAUCAGCUGACCUAUGAAAAAUAUUGUAAUGGCUUACAUAAGUUGGAUAUAACCGACUAAAUCAAAUAAUUUUAGAGUAAUAAUUCAUUAUAUAUUAAAGAAAAAAUUAUUAAACUCAAAAAUAAAUGUCCAUGAACUAAAGAAAUAUAUUUAAUACCUAAGUAUCUAAAGUAUAUUAAAUUUGUUUGAAUAAUAUAUAUUUAAUUCAGAAAAAAACUAUCUAUUCAAAUCCUGUUAAUGUUACAUUUUAUAAGUUUUUAGUUGUUUUUAGACUCAAAGUCUGUCUAUUUCUUUUGUCUUCCUUAUAGUAAAUUUAUACUGGUUUCAUUUUAAAUCAUGUUUCAAAUUCCAGUUGUACAAAUUAUUUGAUAAUAUUAGUUUAAUUAAUUAAAAAUGGAACAAGAAACUUAAGUAAUUGUUAAACAUUUAACUCUUAUUUCUACUUAAAACUCUGAAUAAUAAAUAACUGUUUUAUUUUAAUUGAAUUUCAGUAAUAAAAAAUAGAAACCGUACAUUUAGAUGUGCCUUUUUUAAAAGUUUAGUUUUAAAAUUUUAUUUCAAUUAUGUAAUUUGUACUUACAUUUAAUUAUCUGAUACCGAAUCAAACAAUUGGGUUAUUGUGAAUUAUGUUAAGUUUUCUUAUUAUUUUGUAAGUAUAUUUUAAAUUUUAAAGUAUCAGCUAUUAUACUAUUAUAUCAAAAUGUAUAGUUGAUCAUACUAUUAAUUAAUUAUCUUAUAAGUUCUGUAUAUCAUUAAGUAAUCUGUAUAAUUUAUGUCAAUAAAAUUGUUGGGUUAUAAUUUGUUACUUUGUUUAUUUGCCAUUUUAUUUUCAACUUGCUAUCUCGCAGGGCUUGGUGCAUAUACAUUAUUGAACGAUACAAAUUACGUGUUACAUAUCUCUGUGUUUUUCCAUAGCUCCUUGUUUCUAUCCCUACCCCUACCCCUAUCGCAGUGAAACUAACUUAGUAAUUUAUAUAAACUAAUAAUUUUUUUAUGUUCGGAGCAUAGCAAUGGAUCUAUUGGCUUUAUUAUAGUGUACAUUUUUUUUUCUAUAUGUAAACAACUUUUCUACUAGAAAUCUUGCUCUGUUGUAUAGAAUGUAGUACCUUUUCCGAAAAGAAAUUUUGUUUAGUUGGUUUAUUAAUGAGGUAAUUGUAAUUUUUUGAUUUUCCAAGGGGUUUUGAAAAUGGGUAAAACCCGAAAAGAUAAUUUAUAGAUAAAACAGCCAAUGUUAACGGCGCCGAAGCGUUACCAAUUCCAUUGUUUUUAAAUUUUACAAACGGUUUUCUGUCAUGUUACCACCUACCCUUGAAAAAUUACAAGAGAUCGAUUUCGUUGAACUUAAUGUCUAACCACAGAGAAAGUAAUUUUCAGUUCGUUGUAUUUUCUAGAAAACUGGUGUGAAAACUAUUUAGUUUCAAUAGAACGGCAUAUUACGUUAUAAGGAAUUAAAUUGCUUUUACUAAGAAACUAUUGAUCGG